AUGGUCUUCUUGUCAUCGCGGACGGCCACGAAUUCAGCGCAAUGCCUUCUAGUUGCCUCAGCGUGCGUGAUACUGUGUGUCCAGGUGCAAGCCCAAGCGGCAGGAGGCAAGCCAGCUUCAAAGCGCUCUGAAUCACCGCUCAUCGCCGAUGAGAACACUAUGCAGCUGUUCGAGAUGGCCAUGGCCGCUCUGGUGGUCGCCUUCGCCAUCACGUUCAUGUACGGGUCGAUCACGAACAGGUCCUUAGCAAGGAAGGUCGCCAAGCUCAUGGAAGAUCUCCUCACUCUAGAGUUUGCGCAUUCAGGCGUGAGCUCAACCGAGAAGCUUCUCAAGGAUGGGGAGUCGUACUACUGGUAUUACGCCACGGGGCGUCGCUACACUUCUGGCCUCACCGUGUUUAUGGAUUUAGCCAAGAGAAUGGACGUAUUUGCCUACACGUCGGGCUUGUUUUCAACGCCGCAAAAAGAUCGCAUAGUUUUUUACCUGCCUUUGACAGAUGAUUUUGACAUGGAACCGAUGUCUUUGCUACUGGUCAGGAAGAAAGAACUAUUUCGUUUGCGCGAACUAAAAGAGGGAGCCCCGCUCCGAGAGGCUGAGACUGUUGCAGCCAAUGUGCUUGAGCUGAACGGAAUUCCAGUGGACUUCGUGUGCAUGACCGAGCAUUCGGAUGUUGCAACAGCACUGCUACCAGAACGGAUAAGGACGCUAAUCCAGGAGAACGGCAAGUAUAUUAAUUCUAUCCAUGUUGCUGAAAACGGUGCGUCAUGGGAUAGCCAAUGCACUCUCACAAAGAGGCUCAUUCGGGUUGAUUUCUCGCUCCCAGGAAAGUCGAGCCUUCUUCCGGCUGUCCUUCAAGCAAUGUUGCAAAUUUCCAUGCAUCUGGUUGAUGCAGCAGGGGAAGUGAGGCUCACGCCUGUAUCAAAAAAGAAGGCCAUCGAACUGCGAAAGAAGGCUGUGCAGGAAGCAGAGCGCCACAUUCAAAAGAAACGUGCUGAGGAAGCGGCCACCCGACGACUCGAGAAGAAGAAGGAAGAAGAAGACGCGGUGGGGAAAAUGUCCCGCGAGAAGCAGAUGAAGUACGAAGAGAAAAAGCGCAAGAAGGAAAUUAACGCGCGUAUGCGAAAAGCAACCAGGAAAUAG